AUGAACAUAAAUCUGCUAUGAAGUCAUCAAAAUUGUCGGAGAAGAAGUUUACGACUAUAAGGUCAAAAUUAUUGGAGAAGAAUGUUACGGAAAAAAGUAUUAGUGUACCAACUGCAAAAACAUCUGAAUCAGAACUAGAACCAGAAUCAGGACUAUCAAAUAAUCAGUUACCUUCUAUAAUGUUGCUUGAUACGCAAUUACCUGUCAUAUCUGAAAAUGACUUAAUAAAAUAUACAAACAAUAAAGAUCCGCUUAGCGUUGAUAUAAAUGCAAUUUGGUCGAAAUUGAUAAUGCUGGAAAGUGAUUCGAAAAACUUGAAUAAAAUGUGA